AUGUUGUUAUUCAGACUAGUCAUUAGUACAGUGGUUGUCAUAGCUAGUUGCAAUGCUAGCGGCAUUGGCCACUUAAUACCCACAGUAAAAUCAAUACCAAUAGUGCGUUAUGCACCUUUCUACAAUUUUCCAACAUCAGUCAGAUCUGUACAUGCAGUCAGCCCAGCAGUUGCUCCAGCGCCAGUCUUAUCAGCACCAGUAGCACAUGCAUUUCCAGCGCCUGCACCUGUUUUACCGGCACCAAUAGCCCAUGCAUUCCCAGCACCAGCUCCAAUUUUACCAUCACCAGUAGCCCACGCAUUUCCAGCUCCUGCUCCUAUUUUACCAGCACCAGUAGCUCAUGCAUUCUCUGCUCCUGCUCCAGUUUUACCAGCUCCAGUAGCUCACGCAUACCCAGCUCCUGCUUCAGUUUUACCAGCGCCAGUGGCUCACGCAUUUCCAGCUCCUGCUCCAGUUUUGCCGGCUCCAGCUUUCCCCCCAACAGCUGUCGCUUCGGCUGCUCCACUUUUUACUCCUUUCGGCCCUGCUCUCCCUAGACUCGUGCCGGGUAUACCUGCCCUUCCUCCGCUUUCCGCGAGAGCUGUCCCUGCUUGGCCAGCGGUACCGUUUUCACCGGUAGUAAGGCCUGUUGCCGUACCUGCCCCAGCUCCAUUAUUCGCCCCAGCGCUUGCCCCCGCACCACUAUCAGUCGCAAGAGCCGUUCCGUUACACUCAUACGCCAAAUUUAUCCCAGCUCCCUUAAUAGGAGCUCCUUUACUGAAACACGCAGCUUGGUAG